ACUGUCUCAAGUUGACAGGGAGGCAGACUCAUCGCUUCUUCUACCCACUGAAGCCUUUACUUGCUUUUGAUCAUGGAUGCAUCGCUCUUUCAGUUCUUCCUAGAGGAAUUCGGGGACACCAACUGUACUCUUAUGGAUGCUUUUCAGGACACUUUAUACGAGAAUUCGUCUUUCGCGUCGAUGAGUGUCGACGGUCUGUAUUGUAACGCCACUACGGAUGAAAUCGGAACUUGCUGGCCAAGAAGCAACUCUGGACGAAUAAUUGAGCGACCGUGUCCGGAGUUCAUUAACGGCAUCAAAUACAACACCAGUAGAAUUGCUUACAGAGAGUGUUUGGAUAAUGGCACAUGGGCACUGAAAAGUAACUACUCCAACUGUGAGCCCAUUUUAGAGGAAAAGAGGAAGUACCCCAUGCACUACAAGAUAGCCCUCAUCAUAAACUACUUUGGUCACUGUAUAUCUGUUGGAGCUCUCGUUAUUGCCUUCAUUCUCUUUCUGUGCUUGAGGAGCAUCCGAUGCCUUCGCAACAUAAUCCACUGGAACUUAAUUACGACUUUCAUUCUGAGGAAUGUAAUGUGGUUUUUGCUUCAGCUGAUUGACCAACACAUUUAUGAGACGAAUGAGCCCUGGUGUCGUCUUAUAACAACAAUCUAUAAUUACUUUGUGGUGACCAAUUUUUUUUGGAUGUUUGUGGAGGGCUGCUAUCUUCACACAGCUAUUGUGAUGACAUAUUCCACAGACAAGCUUAGAAAAUGGGUCUUCCUCUUCAUUGGAUGGUGUAUACCAUGUCCGAUAAUUAUAGCAUGGGCCAUUGGAAAACUUUACUAUGAAAACGAACAAUGCUGGUUUGGGAAGGAACCUGGAAAGCACAUAGACUACAUUUAUCAGGGGCCCGUGAUUUUAGUUCUUCUUAUCAAUUUUGUGUUCCUUUUCAACAUUGUGCGCAUUUUAAUGACAAAACUGAGGGCUUCAACCACAUCUGAAACAAUACAAUACAGGAAAGCGGUAAAGGCCACUCUAGUGCUACUGCCUUUACUCGGCAUCACAUACAUGCUGUUUUUUGUGAACCCAGGCGAGGAUGACAUAUCUCAGAUUGUAUUCAUCUAUUUCAACUCAUUUCUCCAGUCCUUUCAGGGAUUCUUUGUGUCAGUAUUUUACUGCUUUCUUAAUGGGGAGGUACGUUCCGCAGCCAGAAAGCGAUGGCACCGCUGGCAAGACAAACACUCGCUGCGAGUCAGAGUGGCGAGAGCCAUGUCCAUCCCCACCUCCCCGACCCGCAUCAGCUUUCACAGCAUCAAGCAGACCACAGCCGUCUGACCUUUACGCUAUAGCAUUUCCUCUUUUAUAAUUCAGCCACAUAGUUGGACUGCAAGUGGCACGACAGACCAAGUGAUUGUUUUUGGCUUUUUAUGGUCAGGAGUGUGACAUCUGACAAGCAGUGAAUUUAAUUUAUAUCUCUUGUUUAAUUUUGAUAAUGGACCCUGAAUGGAAGGGUUUAAACUGAACUGAUUAAAUGUUUCUUUUUACUCAAUAGUUGCAACAAUUCAGGACACCCCUAUCUAUCUAUCUAUCUAUCUAUCUAUCUAUCUAUCUAUCUAUCUAUCUAUCUAUCUAUCUAUCUAUCUAUCUAUCUAUCUAUCUAUCUAUCUAUCUAUCUAUCUAUCUAUCUAUCUAUCUAUCUAUCUAUCUAUCUAUCUAUCUAUCUAUCUAUCUAUCUAUCUAUCUAUCUAUCUAUCUCCCAGUCAGCAUUUUUUUUUAAAAGUUGCCAGCAUUUUGAUAAUUUAACAGAAAUGUCAUGGUCCCUGGAAUAUUUUGUUAUAUGGAUAUCUGAACAUGCAAUAUGUCAAAAGAUAUAACAGAGCCUUUUAUUUCAUGUUGAGCUUCAUGCAUUCUUGUUUUAUCUACACCUGUACUGUAUGUGGGCAAGUUUUAUUUAAAAAAAAAAGAAAAAAAAAAAAAAAGCAACAUUUGGACCAAAACGUUUUUGUUGUUGUUGUUGUUGUUAAUUCCACGUCUGGAUUGGAUUCAGAACGAUGAUCAAGAUGCUGUAGUCCAUCAACAGCCAUGAAUCUUCACAGUCUUUAACCACUUCCUCAUCAUCAUUUCAUUUGCUAAUGUUAGACAGUUUUGAUUUAUAUGCUGCAUUAUUUCACCUGUGCAAUCAAUCGCUUGCUCUUUCUGGUACUUCUUCACUGUUUCGAUCCAGACAUUCAGUAUUACUUUGGAAGAUAUUUAAUAGCGUCCAGUAAAAACACAGAAGGCCAGAAAAUUAAAGUUUUUCUCAGUCACUUUGGUGCAUUUCUCAAAUCAAAAAUUAAAUUCUCAAAACUACUUGUACAACCUCCACAUCAUCUAGUCAUUUACACACAUCACAAAACCAGUUUCUCAUUCAUCUGAACAAGUUGCGUUUGCUUUUGUACAUUCAUGCAAUUGAUUACACACAUUUAUCUGCGGUUUCCUACAUUAUCAGUUGUUAAUGUCAUGUUGCUCAAAAUGUUUUAUAUAGUUUUCUGUGCAAUAGUCUUACCCCUCAAAACAUCUAGUCUUUAGUUCAUCGUAUAAGCCAUUAAAUGUAAAAUGGUUCAUCUAGUUGUCAUAAACUGCCAAGCACACUUUUUUUUCACAUUAUUAUUAGACUUUUUAUCAAUUUGGCAUGAAUUGUGCAAGUGAAUCUGUACUAAUGAAGAGAACGUAGAUGAU